AUUUUAUCAUAACAAACGUGCGAAUCGCUAGCUCAAAAGUCUGUCGUCUUACUUUUGUGGUGGAACGUCUCCUUUUGCUUUAUAUUCGCGAAUUUCCUGACAAUGUCGAUCACUAUUUGGUAGUAUUCUGCUCGCGGAGGUUGAUCGUUGAUGAUUCCGGCUGAAUUCUGGCAGCGAACAGGUUCAAUUAUAUAUAGUGUGCAUUUGUUGCUCCAUGAUAAGCGGAGAAAGUGAGUACGCGAUCGCUAUGACCUCGACGGAAGCUGUGGACUACUUGGAUGAUAAUAAUGCGUUCUGCGAGAAGAUCAUCAACGAGAUCUAUGCGGUUUUCGUGAGAGAUCCUGAACUGACGGGGUUUGAAAUAAUUCCGAUGCCAUCCAACACAAACAAAUCACCGGUAAUCCACAUUGAGCACAAUCUAGGGCUGCAGUCGUGGUGUGUCAAGUAUGUCUACGACUAUGCCCACCGUCUACUGCUGAGACACAAAGCUGAAUGCCUGAAGCUUACCGCUGGAAUGGGCCAGAGCUCGGCGAACUUGGUUGGCAUCGGUUCCGUUACAGCUCCAAUUCUGUCUAGCACCAGCACCACGGGAAGCAACGCAAUCACCAAGUACCUGAACUGUGCCAUCUUGAUCAAUCCGGAUGUGGCGACAUUUUGGAACCUCCGGAGGCAGCUUUUUGCCAAAAAUAGGCUCGAUAUCACGAAGGAGUUUCAGUUUUCAGCCGUGGUGCUGAGUAAAAAGCCAAAAUCGAAUGAAGCGUUCGCUUAUAGGCGGUGGCUGUAUCUGUUUCAAAGCUAUGAUGCCAUUGAUUGGGCAUUUGAAAUUGCACUGUGUGAAAAAUGUGCCGACAAGAGCACCACCAACUACCAUGCUUGGUGCCACCGACAGUGGGUAAUCAUGAAAGCUCCUCAGCUGCUGAAGUUCGAGAUCUACAAAACGGAAAAGUUUAUCCGAAAACACAUUCACGACUACAGCUGCUACAACCAUCGACAGUUUGUGCUGGCGAAAAUGUCCGAAACUUCGUAUUUCGACGAACACGAUGGUCAUGAUUUUAAUGAGCUCAUGCAGUAUAUCGGAUCGUUGGUGAAUUCUCCAGUCGAUACUUUGGAAGAUUUGCUACGAUGGCUGAUCCCGACCGCAAAGAAAGAAAAUCUGAACGAGUUUAAAGUGCGGUCGUUUUUAUUUUGUCUUAAUUUAGCAGCUUACGAUUUGCGGUUUUGUAAAGAGCUCAAAGCAUCAUACGGUGAAUCACAGGCCUUCGAAAAUCAUCGCCGAUUUAUGAUAAAGUUUAUCAUUGAUCGUUGUCGGAACGCAUCUAGUUCACUAAAACAGGACGUUAGCGGAAAAUUCUCCACCUCGUGUAAUCAGCCAAUGACAAAAAUCACAAAGCUAGACGAACAGGAGAGUGCUUUCAUUCGAGCUAUCGAAAGUAGCGAACAAACUCGAACCACACCUCAGCACAAGUUGUGGUGCAAACUUUUCUUAGGAUUUAAUUUUGAUUGAAACACGGGGAAAAAUCUCGAUUGUUUCGUUUGUUUUAAUUUUAUGUUUGUUAGUUUUAUUCACAAGCAAUACGUAGCACACAAUUUAGAAAAGUUCCUAAUUCUCUAAGUAGCCGAAAUGAACAAACUCUACUCACUUUUCUACUACAGAAAACCUUUUUUGUAAAUCGUAAUGUGCUCUAGUUGUCUCCUAUUUUAUGUCGAAUGUUUUAUUUUGUAUAUUUUAAUCUUGUUGUUUUAACUCUUAUAAGAUAUAUUCAAGUAAACCUCCAAUUAAGAAAAAAAUGUAUGCCAGUCUCGAAAAAAUAGUUAUCAAGCCGGAAAAUAAGCCAAUGUGACCAGUUCAGUAUGGAUCCUCUGGGAGAGUCAUUAUAUUAAUGAUAGUUAUUUUUUUGCUAAGAGUUUGGUUAUUUUAAAGACAUAGCUAAAAGCAAUAAAUUUCAUAUUAACAAUAUUAGAAUACUAUGUAAAAA